AUGCCUCCUAUUUCACUCAAUAGGAGAGCAAUACUGGCCUUUGGCGGCACCUUCUUAUUUCUCCUCUUACUCUCUGGAGCUGUUACCAACCACGUCAGACCCGAUCUCGUUCAAAAACAUAUACCUGAUAGCUGGAAGUCGAAAUUACCCCCGCCACAACAGGAUGAACCACCACCAAAGAAAGAAGGGAACCCCGAGCAAGCAUGGCAGGAAGAAAUAUUCCCUCUCGCAAAGGCCGGCAAAGUUCCCAAGAUCAAUCCGAAAAAUAUCGUCAGGGAAACUAAUCUCAAAACGCCAUUACUUAUUGGAUUUACGCGCAACUGGUAUCUUUUGGAACAAGCAGUUGUUUCUUAUCUCGCAGCAGGAUGGCCCGCUUCGCAGCUUACCGUAAUUGACAAUACUGGCGUGAUGGAUUCUAAUCUUCGCGGCCUUCUCACCGCUAAGAACCCAUGGUACCUGAACCACACGCGACUUACGCAGCUUGGCGUCUCUGUUAAACGCACUCCGACACUCCUAAGCUUCGCCCAGCUUCAGAAUUUCUUUAUCAACUACGCAAUUGAGCAGGAUUUGGGCUACUUUUUCUGGUCCCACAUGGAUGUUGUAGUGUUAUCCGAUGAAUUACUCCCCGAGUACAAGAGUGUAUACGAGAGGGCUGUCGAAGUCUUGGCGAAUACAUUGGAAGAAAGACGCCAUUGGGGUCUGAAGCUCUUCGCAUAUGACUGGCUUACUCUAGUAAAUGUUGAAGCUAUGAAGGAUGUUGGUGGUUGGGAUACCCAGAUACCUUUCUAUAUGACCGAUUGCGACGUGUAUUCCCGUCUGACCAUGAGAAAUUGGACUCAAGAUCCUGUCAGCGCCGGAUUUAUUUACGAUGUUGGCUCUCAUCUCAAGGAUCUUGCAAUUCUAUACCCAGAAGAGGGCCAUGAAUCAGAAUUAAACACAACUCGAUUCACCAAUCUUAAAAUGGAAUUGGAGGCUAUGAUGAAGGAGAAGCAGAGUAAUAACGGCGGUAGAAAUUACUGGCAGGCACGUCAGGACGGUGGACAGGGUGAACCUUUCUGGAGAAAUCCCAAAGGUUUCGAGAGAGGUAUAAACUUCUGGAUCGACAAGGGCCGAGAACUAUUCCGACUCAAGUGGAACUACGGCGACUGCGACCUCAUCGCAAAGGGCUACAGUUAUGGUGACGACUGGACCGACAAGAAGCCAAAUAUACCCCAGUAA